CAUGUUUUUCAAAACAUGUACAGGCAAGAACGUUAAGACAGCUAAGAGGUUUAGCUAUACAGUGAUCGUUGCUUACGACUUUGAACGAUUUUUUGCUGUUAUCUGAGCUAAACAUCAAACGUACACAUAAUGGACGUCAGAACCACUUUGUCUUAGUUGUAUCAAAUUUACAGAAGCGAAGAGAUCGUUAAAAAUAAAGACACGAACUACCUUUUACAGGCUUAUUUUUCAGGAUGGAGAAUGGGAUUGCAAACACCAAGGAGGAGGCUUUCCUCUCCAGAAUGGCACUCAAUGAUAACAAGGCUGGUAUGGAGGGCCUGGACAGGGACAAGAUUAAUAAGAUCAUCAUGGAGACGUCAAAGGGAUCUAGGUUUUACGAGAAUGAGCUGAAGAGGGAGCAGCAGGUGAACCAACGCAUUGAAAAGAUGAUGCUCCAAAAGGCACAAAUCACUGACCAACAGUUAAAGAAAGCACAAGCUCAGGUGGAAAAGGUUGCUUCUGCACUGGAAAAGAGCCGUGACCUGAGCCGUGUCAUCGUGCAUGUUGACAUGGAUGCUUUCUAUGCUGCUGUGGAGAUGAGAGACUGUCCCGAGCUCAAGGACAAGCCCAUGGCUGUUGGAUCCAUGAGUAUGCUGUCAACAUCUAAUUACCACGCCAGGAAAUUUGGCGUCCGAGCCGCCAUGCCCGGCUUUAUAGCAAAGAAACUCUGCCCCAACUUGGUUAUCGUUCCAACGAACUUUGAUAAAUACAGAGCUGUGAGUGAUGAGAUCAGGGAAAUUUUUGCAGACUAUGAUCCUCACUUCCAGCCAAUGAGCCUGGACGAAGCCUAUCUAGAUUUUACAGACCACCUGGAGCAGAGGCAGAGUUGGCCCGAGUCCUUGCGGACGCACCGCUAUCGUUCCAAGAUAAUCGCUUCAGAUGAAAAGCACAACGAAUCUGAUGAGGCAGCAGAGAUUAAAGACCUGUCUCCGGUCCUGUUUGAGGACACUCCAAACUCCUCUCCGUCAGCUUCUGAAAGCAGCGGCGGUGCUCUAGAGGUGUUUGGGACGUCUGUGGAGGAGGCUGUGAGAGAGAUGCGCUUCCGCAUUGAGCAGAAGACCACGCUGACUGCCAGUGCAGGAAUUGCUCCCAACAUGAUGCUCGCCAAGGUGUGCAGUGACAAGAACAAACCCAACGGACAGUUCCGACUCCUCCCCAGCAGAGAGGCGGUCAUGGACUUCAUCCAGAGUCUUCCAGUUCGCAAAGUCUGUGGAAUAGGGAAGGUGAGUGAGAAGAUGCUGAAUGCUCUGGGGAUCACCAACUGUUCCCAUCUCGGCCAGCAGAUGGCGCUGUUGUCAUUGUUGUUCUCAGAGACUGCUUGGCAUCAUUUCAUGGAAGUUUCUCUGGGCCUGGGCUCCACGUACAUCCCCAGACACGAGGAAAGAAAAAGCAUGAGCACAGAAAGGACAUUUAAAGAGCUGAGUAAAGCUGAGGAGCAGCUGUCUUUCUGCAGGGAACUCUGUGAAGACCUUGCAGAAGAUAUGAAAAAAGAAGGUUUGAAGGGGAAAACCGUUACGCUUAAGCUAAAAAAUGUGAACUUUGAGGUGAAGACCAGGGCACAGACGCUCCCGUAUGCCGUUGCUACAGUGGAGGAGAUCUUUGCUGUUGCUAAGGACCUCCUGAAAACAGAAAUAGAAAAUGAAAGUCCUCAACCACUCAAAUUAAGGCUCAUGGGUGUCCGAAUAUCAGGUUUUGUCAGCACAGAGGAUAAAACCCCCAUGCAGAAAAGCAUCAUUGGCUUUCUUCAGCCAGGCAAGUCGUGCUGCAGCGGAUCUUCCCAAAUAACGCAUCCAAACCUGGAAAAGGACCCUCUCUCCACUCAUCCCGCCCAAGCCUCACAGUCUCUGCAUCCUCCUCCGGUGCAAAAUGGUCAUAAACAAGUGGAAGUUCGCUGGCAGAUUAAGCAGAGGCACUCAGGGGAAAGUCAGGCUGGUGAGGAACCCCAGCUGUCUUUCUUCCAAAGGGCUCACGCUAGAAGAAUGCAAGUCCAGGCGGUAAAUGCCAGCAAGCAGGAGGAAGGAUGUGGGGAGGAUACUUCUGCGUUUACCUCUAAAGACAGUUAUUCUACAGUGGGUGUUGAGUCAGCAACGACCAAAAAUAGGAACAACUGUGCUGCCUCUGACCAAUCAGGAAACAAAUGCGAUUCUCCCAAGCAGGCCCAGGCGUCCACAUCGGGCUUUGGAACAAAGUCUGAAACCCUCACGUGUCCGGUGUGUUUCAGGCCGGUGGGGACCACUGAUCUGAGUGUUUUCAACAAGCAUAUAGACUGCUGUCUUCGCAAAGCAUCUGGAAAGUCGGGGGAAUCUUCAGACGAAGAUUCAGAUUUAGAUCCACCGAAUGACCAACUAAAGUGUGAGGGGGCAGAGCGUGAGGUGGAAGAGGAGCAGGCGAUGAUGAGGAAUGCGCAGCAUGACACGAGCAGAGUUCAGGCCGGGGAAGGCCGGCCAAGCUUGAAGAAGGACUCUGAGCCAAAGGGUUUGCUGGUCAAAGGGGAAAACAAACCUGUGAGGUCACCGCAGCGUGAGGGGCAACGCCCCGUUCUCAUCUGCCCAGUGUGCCAGCUGAUCCAGGACACUGAUGACCUCACUGUCUUCAACCACCAUGUUGACGUCUGCCUGAAUUGGGACAUCCUCGUGGAGCUCGGGGGACAGGCGGCACCCCCCAAAAAUCCAUCUGCAGUUAAAAACAGCAAAAUGGCGGACAGAGGACAUCUCCUUCCACGCCAAACAAGCAAAGGCAAAAGCAAAAGACGUGACUCGCCGUCGUCUCCUCCUUCCAAAAAACCUAAAAGCUUUUGCAACACUAUAGACAAGUUCUUCAGGUGAUGGUCACUCAUGCAGGAUGCCAGUCUGGACGAAGUGGUUUGGCUGCACAGGUUGAACCAU